AUGAGUCGAGUCAAGCCACGAGGUUACGACGAGUCAAGUCACAGCGUAAUGUCGACUCGUCGAGCAGAGUCACAAGGUUAUGUUGAUUCGAGCAGAGUCACGUGGUUACGCCGAGUCGAGCAGAGUCACGUGGUUACGCCGAGUCGAGCAGAGUCACGAGGUUACGACGAGUCGUCACAGGACUCAACCUCAGUCGGGUCCUCAGUGGAGGACCAAGUGAGGUUAAAGCGAGGCCGCCUCGCAGAGAAGCUCAGUGAGAAACUGGCCCUCAGACCGGGGCCCCUCGAUCUGCUCCAAAAGAAAAUAAUUCCUCUAGACUCUACCCUCAACACAACAGUAAAUCAUGGCAAGUUCCCCAAGCAAGAGGACUCUUAUGCCUUUGAGGAGGACAGCAGCAGUGAAAGUUUGUCUCCUGAACAACACCACAGCGAUGAGUCUCAGAGUUCAGCAUGCCCUCCGUCCGAGAUGAUCGGCAGUUUGCCCUCCUCGUCUUCCUCACCUGCGCUCGCCAGCACUCAGCAGGAGGGCACAACCAGAGAGCCAUCUGACCAAAGCCAGGAUGAAGUUUGCAACAACCACGCGACACCCCCAAUACCAGUCCCUGCUAUUGUCAAGUCUAAGACAUCAGACAAGAACCGCCAUAAGAAGCCCAAAGAUGUGAAGCCCAAAGUGAAAAAGCUGAAAUACCACCAGUAUAUCCCGCCAGACCAGAAGGCCGAUAAGUCGCCUCCACCUAUGGACUCUGCCUAUGCCCGACUCCUCCAGCAGCAGCAGCUCUUCCUGCAGCUGCAGAUCUUAAGCCAACAGAAACACGCUCAAAAUCACUCCCAGUCGCAGCAACAUACACACUCUCUACAGAUGCAAGGCCAGGCUCAGCAGCGACAACGUGGCUUCAGUUACCAGCCACACCCACCAGCACAGAUGCAGAAAGGUUCCAGUGAGCAGUUGUCUGGCUGUACCCCCAGUGGUCCAUCCAACUCUGGCGACAGCAACUCUUCCUCACCAAUCAAGACCACAUAUCCCAACCAAAGCACCAUCUCCUCAGUAAAACCUGGACCUCUUCCAGCCAACCUGGAUGACCUUAAAGUUUCCGAGCUCCGGCAGCAUCUUCGCAUCCGUGGAAUGCCUGUGUCAGGUACCAAGACGGCUCUCAUCGAGCGACUCCGACCCUUCAGGGACUCCAAUUCGGGCUCAUCGCCUUCAGGCUCUUCCGAUAUCACCACAGUGACCUUCCCAGUUACGCCUUCUUACCAAUCUCCGUCGUCUUCCAGCACCUUGUCCCAGGGAGGUUAUUACCCCUAUCCCAGCACCUCUUCCACCCCACCAAUCUCACCAGCGUCCUCUGAGCAUUCCCUUAGCGGCUCCCUCCCAGACAGUUUCAGCGAUGUGCCCAUGUCCUCUCCGCCACAGUUCGCGCUGCAAGCCUCUCCAGGACGGCUCGGAGCAGAUGACACCUUGGGAGGGGUUGGAUCGCGAGCGGGAGAAGGUGGAGGAAUGGAAGGGAUGGAUACAGAAAAAGACAAAAUGCUGGUAGAAAAGCAAAAGGUGAUUGAAGAGCUGACAUGGAAGCUACACCAGGAGCAAAGACAGGUUGAGGAACUAAAGAUGCAGCUACACAAGAGAAAACGCUGCUAUGGAGGGACACAAGGCACUAUCGUCCCAUCUCCGUCCCACAAUCUCGCCAUGCACAAUCAGACUCCAGCAAUGAUGGGCCAUCAUCCCUACGAGGUGAACAUCAAACAAGAGCCAAUGUCACUGUCUUCAAGCUGCCCGCUCUCCUCUCCCAAACAUAUCAAGAGCUCUCCUGGGAACUGCAUGGAGGACAUGGGACACUGCAACACCAUGCUCCCUAAUAUGGGGGGCGAUUGCGGGCCACAGUGUAUGAAGCCAGCCCCUUCCUCCGGCAGCCCAUCCACCAUGACGGCUUUCCUCAGCCCGCAGUGCUCACCGCAGGACUCGCCCAUCGGGAAGCCUGCCGGAAGCCCCCAGCCGUCGUCUCCUAGCAACCCUUACAUACUAUCAACUCCGGUAGGGAGGGAUGGCUGUGGUCCCCCCAACCACUGCAGUACCGGAGGAUGCAUUAUGCAGGUACAUCAUAAGAAUGGCUCUCAGGCUGUCAACUGUUCCUACCCUGCAGACCAAAGAGGCCUUCAGGGAGUUUAUUCCAAUACAUCUGAUUAUAGCCUUAAUCACAAUGGAUCAGCCAAGCUUGGCAACCCAAAUAUGCAACCAAAGCAGCUGACCCGAAGUCAGCAGAUGGACGAACUUUUGGAUGUCCUCAUAGAAAGCGGAGAGAUGCCAGCUAACGCCAGAGAAGAGAGGGAGAGGUCCUCUGUAACCAAAGUCUUGCCUCACAUUACUGUGUUCCCAGGGUACCCCAGCCUACUCGUCCCAAGGCUCCACCGCCACUACGAGCACCAAUCGCCCACACAGCUUCAUUACGACCAUCUGGAGACUCUGCUGGGCCCAAUGAGCAGGGGAGGCGAGACAACCUCUCUUAAGAUGACCACCGACGACGGGCGCCAAGAAGAUGAAGGAAACGGCGACGGAUACAACAGCCCCCACCACCAGUGCCAUCCUCAUCAUUCCCAACAGGACAAAGUCGGGGCCAACAUCACGCCUCUUUCCCCGCUGAACAAAGUGUCUUCUGUCCCUGAGGUUCAGGGGAUGGUUAGCAUGGCUUUCAGUGAAACCCCAUGGGAGACGAUGGAGUGGCUGGACCUGACGCCACCCACCUCCACCGCCGCCUUCAAUGUUCCGACACCGAUUGUGCCCAGCAUUUUCAAUGCAGAGUUCUUAGAUGUCAACGACAUAAACUUAAACUCUUCGAUGGACCUUCAUCUGGAGCACUGGUGA